UCGGCUACCUCUAGGUUGCUGCUCGUCCUCGCCGGUUAUCUCAGCCUGCAAACAUUUCACAAGCGCAAAAAUUCUUACUUUGCUUUGAUUCUUGAAACGGGUAUGCCGUAUGCCUCAUUUGUUGCCCAUUAUAAAUGCUACCAUAAUUUUGAUGGGUUAAGAAAUAAGUUUGUUUAUUGCUGUCAUUUUGUGUGUGAUAUGUGCAGAAUUGCCAUGGCUGUAUUUUACCUGUACAAGAUUGCGACUGGCAGAAAUCAUAUUCCACCAAAGACAAGUUAUACGCAGAAAUCAAUUUACGACGUAUGAUUUGGUAGUUCAUUCUCAUAGAUUAGCCGCAUGUUGUGCUGCUUCUAGUUCUUAUCUAACAUGUCAAGUGCAUUGUAGCAUAAUUUUAUUAGAAUAAGUAGUAAGUAGGAGUAUUUCUUUUGGUAAUUCUGUGAUAGUUGGGAACGAUGGACAUCUUCAUUUAUAGAUGGAUCCAUUGUGUUGUAGCCACAUAGAGUUUUCUUCCAUGUUCGUUUAUUUUAUCAGGUGUCCAGUUUACUACUCUAAAUAUAGAAUGAUCAUAAUGAAACAGA